AGCUCGUGAUUCAAUGUCGGAGAUACACAAUGUGAUAUAUACUAAAGACCGAUGACCUAUGAAUCUCUUAAAUAAUAAUAAGCUUUUCCUAUAGUAGUUAAAAUUUAAGAAAAACUUGCUCUUGUCUAGAUAAUAUAUUUGAUUAAAGGAACAAAUUUGGUAAAAUGUUCAUGGCUUUCUUGUGUCAUUCCGAGAAUAUAAGGGUGUUGUAGUAAAAUGGAUAAUAACUCGAUAACAGGAAAAAGGCAUUUUGUUCGAAUUGUAAAAGAAAAUUAAUUCGAAUAAAAUGAAAUCUAACAAAGAGAAUGUGAAACUUGGGGAGGAAAGAGAUAAAACUCGUAGUUCUUACAGUGAACUACCAGAGGCAGAGGAAGCAUCCCCUUCGAAAGUGGUCAAAAAAGAUACUCUCAAAAAGAAAAAAGAAAACAGAGAAAUAAGAAUUUUACGAAGGAAUAAAACCUUGAAAGAGAGGAAUGAUCCCAAUCGCUUCAGUGGUGAUGGUAUCAAUUUUAAAGCCAAAAUUAUUGGAACUGAAAGAGUAUUAGAUGCACGGGGGAACAGGAUGUGCCAGGGAGCACUCCAAAGACUCAAGGCUGCAGUGAAGACUUCUGGUGAUCAUAAGCAGAAAAUAAUUUUAAAUAUAUCGCUCAAUGGCAUUAUGAUUAAAGAUGAAAAAUCAGGAGAGCUUUUGCAUCAUCAUCCUAUACAUAAAAUAUCCUUCAUAUCCCAAGAUACCAAUGACAAUCGAGCAUUUGGUUAUGUCUUUGGAAGUCCACAGACUGGACAUGAAUUCUUUGGAAUUAAAACCGAGAAAAUUGCUUCCCAAGUAGUUCUGACAUUGCGUGACCUUUUCCUAACUGCAUUGGAACUGAAAAAGAAAGAGCUUGAAGAACAUAGAGAAGAAGUUGCACAAUCCCAGGUCCAGUCUGAAAGCAAUGAAUUACCGUCACAAUCUGAAAUUGUGUCCAAUGGAGUGCCAGAAAAUGGAGCCGAGAAGCCAAAUAGUAGCAUCUUAUAUUCGAACAUUAUAUCCCUUCCAGAGGAAAACAGCAAUGAAAUUGGUAAAGAAAAUGUGUGCUGUUCAGAACCUGUUGUUGAUACGCUUUUAGAUCUUCAGUUUACGAUGGAUUCAUUGGAACAGGGUAUCUCUCAGAUGGAUCAUAGCAUUGCAUCUGCAGCUUCACAAGCUCUUUCGUUCUCAGAGGAUGAUAUUUCCGAGUCAAGUGGCAGUUCUCUUCCUACUCCUUUUCAGUUUAAGCUUGAUAAAUUGUCUUCUUUGUAUCAAGAAACCCUAUCUUUGUCGUCUCGUUCCUCGUCAACAUCUGAUCACAACUUGUGUCCCCCUGAAAAUAAAAUGGAAGAUUCUGAACCUACCAAGAGAGAUCUCUCAGUAAGUGUGUCUUCCGAUCAGAGCAUCGAAACCACUUCUCUGGAUAAUGGUUUCCCGGUAUCUAGUAUUGGUUCUACUUCUAACAUUUCUGCUUCCAGUCAAAUAGUCGAAGAUAAAUAUGCUGUGUUUUUGGAUAUUGAUGCUCUUCCUAGUAUUUUUGAUAAUCCACAAAUAGUUCAAGCAUCUUCGUUGAAUGAAAAGAAGGAAGAUUUUGACUCUGUACCUCAAACUUCCAAGUUUGAGGAACCAUUUUUUAAUGAGGCUAAGACCUCUACUCCUGUUGUUUUUGCUGAAUUGGAUCCAUUGGGUAACCAACCUUUUGUGGAUAAAAAGGAUUUCUUCCAAGAACUCAAGAACCCACCCAAGAAAAUAUUAAAGGACCUUGUCACAGGUGCUGAUUUGUUUCCAUCAACUGUAGAAAAUGAAGUUUUUGUCUCAACAACUGCACAUGUAGAUAAUUCACAAGCACCUGCACCAGUUCUGUUGAACCCAUUUGUAGAUAAUGGCCUUGUUGCUCCAAAUCUUCCUCCCAGAACAGUUACUCCAUCUUGUAUUCCCAAUGAUUCUAGUAACACAACUGAUGAAAAGCUUCCAGAUGUGAAGAACCCUUUCAAUCCCUUUGUUUCAGAAGACUACCGUGAUGUGCCUCCUCCCAGUUCACCACCACCACCUCCUCCUCCACGACUGCCAACUAUGUCUCCUCCUCCUCCACCUCGACCUCCAAGUCGUUCUGCCCCUACCCAACCCUUGCCUAAGAGGAAAUCCCCUUUUACCACUGCUGCUCAAUCGUGGUUCUCUUUUGAUCAAGAUUCAGUUUCUCGCUCUAUUCCAGAGCCUGAAUUUGAUGGUUUUGCUCCCCCUCUUCCUUCUCCAGCUAGAAAAUUUCCAGCUGACCCUGUUUUGAGAAAAAUGUCUAGCACUUCCAACAGCCCAGCAUCACCUAGGCGAAUCGCUAACUGCAGCCCCGUGGGUGAAGUGUGUAAAGUGCUGUCUCGUCAUGAAUCUCUAAUGCAAGAAAUUGAGGCUCCUGUUGGCCUUAAAGAUUCUCCUCCACUUCCACCCAAGCCUGGAACUUUACUUCGACCUCCUGCAUCCUUUUCUGGCUCAAGUGGUUCAGCUGUCGAAAGUUCUAGUGGUGGGCAUUCUUCAAGUUCUCUUGUCUUCUCAAGUUCAGAUGAUGGUCGUAUUGGGAGUAGUUCAGAAGCACUUUUUACAAGCAGUACAGAAAAUUCUGAUGUCUUCGCUGCUCACAAUGGUUCAUCCAUUGAAUUAAGUCCCGACAGUAUCUUUCGUCGAAAGAGUGACCCUUUUGCAGAUGAAUUCUUUCUUUCCCUGCCAAAAAAGUCAGCCCAGGAAUCUUCAUGUCAUGCCAAUGGUGUGGAUAAGUGAAAACUUUCUGCACAGCCUCUAAGAGCUUCCUUUGGAUUGGCAAUGAUCUGUUUAAAGAAGGAUUUGAGGAAUUUUGUCUUAUUUAAACUUGUUUCUGUUCUAGAAUGUUUUUUUCUCUAUGAGAAAAGGAGGCUGUUUCUAAUUUUGGAAGUUGUGCCACAGUAUUAAUUUUUACAUGAAUGAUAUGAUUUUAGAUAUUGUAUUUUCAGUUCUUGGAAACUUUUUAUUGUGGUAUGUUGGAACUGUAGAUCUGUUGUAUAUUGGGCAUUUAAAAUAUGCAUUUAUUAGCCUUCUGCAAUGUAUUGUGCUUUUAGAAAAUAUUUAUAGUGAAUGUUGUUUCUUUUCGUUCCUAAAAUUCCUUUUGUGCCAUUUUUAGCCCUGUGAUUGUGCAUUGCCCCUUUUAGUAGAUACGGUUGGCAUAUUUCUUCGUUUAUAAGUAAAUAGAUAUUUUAUUGUUGAAAUGUACAUUUGAGUUCAUUGUAAGAGUUAUAAAAUAUAUUUUUAUGUCAAAGAAUAUAAAUAUAUUUUUUAUGGUAGAGAGAAUUAAAAAAAAAAAUUCAGGUUUUCAAUGCAGUGUGAAAUUUUAUUCCUCGAUUCCAGUUUUCUUGAAAAUGUAGAUCUGAACAUUAUUUGUAUAUAUGGCAGUUUUUAAUAUGAAACUUUGACUCAUUUAUAUAUGAACGCAUUUUUUUUAGUAAAUUUUUUUUAAUAUAUUCUUCUGGUCAAUUUUAUUUCUUCAUACCAUUGUUUGAUGUAUAUUUGUAGUCUUCUGUGAAUUAUGUUAUUGAUCCCUUUUUAAACAUUAUUCAGAUUUUUUUUUUUUUUUUUCAUAACUGCAAAGGGUUCAGAUUAUUGUUGUUGUUCAAAUUUUAAUAAUUGGUGAAUCAUCUCACUAAAAUAAAUUGAACUUUAUGGUGUAGAAUUUUAUUAAAAGAAAUUGUUUUCUGAAUGUUUUAAAAUAGGCCUAAUAAUAGCUUAAAAAUUUAUUUAGCGAAAAUUGAAAACCACUUUUAUUUUAGAAUUAUUUUUUCCUUAACCUUGAUUAUUUUGUAUUUCUUGACUUUUUUUUUAAUAAUGUACAAUAGUAUUAUAAUCUCAUAUGUAACAUAAGUUUUUUUUUAAUUGGAGCACUGAAAAAGAUCAAAUUUCAGAUUUAACUAACUUUAUGAAUAAUUGUUUUAUAAACUAUUUGAGAUAUACUUAUCUUAAAAUUUAUCUCUUUACAUUAGUUAAUUAUGUUUAUACGGUGAAAGAUAAAAUGAUCAAUCAUGAUUGUUACAUUGAGUUAUUGUUUGUUGAACUGGAUAUUUACCUAUUCCUUGAUAUUAAUUACCCAUUUUGAAUGUGUAAAAAUUGUCCUUUCUAAAUUGCUAUGAUUUGGAAUUCUGAUUGUAAUGAUUGUAAUUCACCUUUUCAGUGCUUCCAAUAAUUGUUCUCAGUUAUUAUGAAGAAUAUCCUCUUGCCUUUCAUUUACUAUGUAUAAUAAGUGAUAUAACAUUGUUAGAUGGUGCUAGUUGUAUUUUUAAAAUGCUAAGCCAUUGAGAUUCCUCUGUAUUGAGUCAUCUGUUCUACAAGACAGCAUACAAUAAUUUUAUAUGUAUUGUUGUUGGCACACAUUAUGCAACCAUUUUUUGUAAUGUGCUAGUUCUAUCAUUUUUAUCAAUGAAUGAAUGGUGAUUUCAAUUUACUGUUUUUUGUUAUUUAUAUUCAGAAUGAAUUUAAAAGCAUGCAAUAAUAUUUGUUUCUUUUACUUCGAAAAUUCAGAAAAUAAUUAUGCAACAUUUGUUAUUGUAAUGGGUUAUAAUCAGGGUUGGACUAAUGCAUCGAUUUUAUUCUUGGAACCAUCAAAGAGCAAUUGUUUUUUUAAAAAACCAAUACAGUAUCAUAAUAAAGUAAUAAGAAUACUGUAAGCGGAAUGAAAAUCCAAUGCAAUGUUCUGUUAAUAAUUUCUCAUGAUUGUACUUCAAUAUUGGGGAUUCUACCAUGCUAAGAAAGUUUAGGCCUAGUGUUGAAUUAUUUAAAUUAAUUUUUAUUAAAUAGGACAUUCAAUUUCAAUUCUGGUGUGAAUUUCCAUGUGUUUCAAGAAAUGCAUUACUAAAUUCUGAAUAUUUCCAGUGAUUGAUAUUCAGUUGCAUUAUUUUAAAAUCGUAUUUGUUAAAAUUUCUGAACAUCAGAUAUGAGAGAAUAACUAUCAAUAAGUUUUUAAUACCUACACUAAAAAUAUUAUAAACCAAUUACCAGCAAUGGAUGUUUUAUAAUUUUUU